AAUCGUCUCUUCAUGUGCGGCCCUAUGGUAUGACUAGGUACUGCAGACGAGAUCAUGGGAAAUUUAUACUAGUUUCAGAAUGAGGUUCCAUAUUCUCUUCCCUUUCCAUACUAAGGAAGAAGAGAUGCAUAUUUUCCAACUAUCUUUCUUACUUCUUUUUCUCUUCAAUUCCUUCUCUCAUGCAGAGCAGUUCUACAAUGAGUUCUACUACUCCAACUGCUCAGUAGCUGCUUACACCGCUAAUACAACCUUCGAAACUAAUCUCAACGCCCUUCUCCCCAUUCUAACUUUCAACGCUCAUUUUGUCACUUUCUUUUACACUGAGAGGGGUGGAAAUCCCAACACCGCCUUCGGCCUCUUCCUUUGCAGAGGGGAUGUUUCUUUUGACACCUGCAAUGCCUGCGUCAACCAGGCGACUCAAGAUAUCAAACAGAAGUGUCCCAACAGGAGAGAAGCAGUCAUAUGGUAUGAUAUCUGUAUGUUGCGUUACUCAGACCGUAACUUCCAAUCUGUGUAUGAUCCAUCAAUCAAUUCGUUAGCAUUAAUGCGGAGACAGCACAAUAUAUCAGACCCACGACGAUUUAACCAUACACUGAAUGGUCUAUUGAAAAAUCUUUCUUCAAAGGCCGCAUUUAGUCCUUCUGUUCGGAUGGUGGCGAUGGGAGAAGCUAAUUUUACAGCAUCUCAGAAGAUAUAUGCGAUUGUGCAGUGCACCCCUGAUUUAUCAAGAAGUGACUGCAACACAUGCCUAGAAGCAGCUAUUUCUGAGAUUCCGGUGUGCUGCGAUGGAAAGGACGGGGCUGUUAUUAUAGGGGCGAGUUGUGCUAUGAGGUAUGAGGUGUUCCCUUUUUAUGCUGCUGCACCGUCCGCCUUUCGUCGUCCUCCUUCGUCAACAACUGAUGCUCCCUCCGGGCAUGGAGGGAACCAAUCAAAGAUUAUAAUCUUCACUAGUGUAGCAUCGGUUCUGGUGUUGGCUCUAUUCAGUUGUUGUGUUUACUGCUACCGACGGCGAAGGAAGAGGUCGCCAGAAGUGAAAGAGAAGCGGCACCUUGCACUAUUAAAUUAUUCGGGGCCUCCGGUUGGCUUGGAACUCAUGGACUCAAGCAUGAAUGGUGAGGAAACACAAGAUCUGCCGUUGAUUGACUUAGUUACAAUACAAGCUGCUACGAACAACUUCUCUGAUGAAAAUAAGCUCGGAGAAGGUGGAUUUGGCCCUGUAUAUAAGGGAAUGCUAUCUAAUGGGAAGGAAAUUGCAGUUAAAAGGCUUUCAAGAAGUUCAGGGCAAGGUCUGAAGGAAUUCAAGAAUGAAGUCAUAUUGAUUGCCAAACUCCAACAUAGGAACCUUGUCAGGCUCUUGUCUUGCUGCAUAGAGAAAGGAGAGAAACUGCUCAUCUAUGAAUACAUGCCAAACACUAGCUUGGAUGUCUUCCUCUUUAAUCCAAUCAAGCGAGCUCAAUUAGGCUGGGAAAGGUGUCAUAAUAUUAUAGGUGGAAUUGCAAAGGGCCUUGUUUAUCUCCACGAAGACUCAAGACUCAGAAUCAUUCACAGGGAUUUAAAAGCUAGCAAUGUUUUGUUGGACCAUGAGAUGAACCCAAAGAUUUCCGACUUUGGAAUGGCACGCUUUUUGGGAGGAAAUCAAAGUCAGGUCAAUACCAACAGAGUCGUCGGAACAUACGGCUACAUGGCACCAGAGUAUGCAAUGGGAGGGCGAUUCUCUGUGAAAUCUGAUGUCUACAGCUUUGGAGUUUUACUGCUAGAGAUUGUAAGCGGAAAAAGGAACAAUGGUCACCAUCUUCCUAACCAUGCUCUGAGCCUCCUGACUUAUGCAUGGGAAUUAUGGUGUGAUGGAAGAACUAUGAAGUUGAUUGAUCCUUUGUUAGCCCAGACAUGUAAGACAAGUGAAGUGUUGAGAUGGAUCCACAUUGGGCUACUAUGUGUUCAACAAGAUGCGGCAGAUAGGCCGACCAUGUCCUUGGUUGUUCUCAUGCUGGGAAGCGAAUCUAUGGAUCUUCCACAACCUACACAACCAGGAUUUUUUGUCUCAAGAGUGGUCAUUGAAUCAGAUCAAUCUUCAGGAAGUGCCAAAAUGGGCUCUAUGAAUGAGGUAACUAUCUCUACUUUCCAACCCAGAUGAGUGGGCCCAUCUGAUCAGUCAGUCUCAUGCUCUAUUGGGUUGGGAUGUGAUCUCUGUGGGCCGUGGUUCAACCUUGGCUUACCAAAAACAUGUAUAUUUGUAAUGAUGCCUUCUCCAUGUAAGUUCCCAUCUUUUAUCGAUACGUAGAUGCUUGCUGGACUUGAAACAUUUGGGGAUUAUGUUAAUUGAAGUUUUAAUAUAUAUUUCAAGAUCCUAUUUGUUGAGAAUCA